AUGUUCGUCGAAAGCGAGUACGUCCAGGAGCACUUCAAGACCUUUCAAGACGGCAUUUGGACGGCUUUCGUGUUUUUGACGAUGGAUGGGUGGCGAAUGAACUUCCAGAGCGGCUUCGACUUCUACGACUACGGCAAAGACACGGAACUCGGCGACCGGGAGCUCAUUUUCAUCUUUUGGUACUUUGUCAACAUUCUGCUCAUCAUUCUCUUCAGCAUCAUCAUGAACUCAAUGAUCGUCGCCCGGGUCGUGACAAACUUGGACAACGCGAUGCUGGAGCAAGACGCGAUCCGAGACUCAGAGAAAGAUACAGACGAUCAGGAAGAAAAGAAGCCCACUCAGGUGGAAGAAAACAACAACCAAAUGGACGACGGGGACGAAGCAUCCCUUAUCUUUAUGGCCAAUCAUCCAGCCUUCCAGAAACUUAAGCAGAAGCCGCUUUUCAAAACUGGUCUCGGAAACAUGAAUAUUGACAGAGUCGAGGAUGUACUCAUGAUUAUCAACGCUCUGGAAAGAAACUUGCGGGAAUACACUCGAAUCCGCGAGAAACUGUGCCGAAUCAUGGAAGAAAUGCAGAUUCUGAACGAUCCGUUGACGACCAACAACGAAGCCCUGCGCGUUCUCGCCUGCACCGCCGCUGGUCAAGAGCUGCGCGAAUCUGCGAAUCUGACGGGGCCGCUUUCCUACCGCCAAAGUCAAAGUAUUCGCCAGAGCAUGUCCAAGUCCAUUAUUGCCAGACAAACUUCUGUUAUGCGGCAUCGAAUGUAA